AUGUCAAAUAACUUUUCAGAUCUUUUAACGAACAAUGUAUUUCAUGAAUCUCUUGUGCUUCGCAUUGUGGAAGUGAGCAUCAUAGUAAUUCUUAUUGUUCUCUGCGUAAUUGGUAACUGUUUGUUGUUUUACAUAAUAGUUACUACUAGUCCACGCUGGUGGACAACACCAGCGAAUUUCUUCAAUGUCAAUCUAGCGUUUACAGACUUGAUGGUCGGAAUCGUAGUGCUACCAUUUAUGGCUAUGUCAAUCAGUUGGCAGUCAUGGCUGCUAUCUGACUUCCUGUGUCAGAGUACAGCAUUUGCCAUGAUCCUGCUCAUGGCAAGUUCCACUCUAACAUUGUCAGUUAUUUCACUUGAUCGCUACUUUUGCAUCUGUCUGCCACUUCAUUACCAAUCUGUAGUGACCACUGAACGGGUGGCCUCUGUUGUCACUGUUUUGUGGCUAACAAGCUUCCUAUUGGCCAGUAUACCACUGUUUGGUUGGGGUAGGUACACAUUCCGUCCUCAGUCCAUACCGAUAUGCAGUGUGCUUUUGGAAGGUCAGCAGCGACAUGUCAUAUUGCUUUGGUCUUUCAUGAUAUUAUUGCCGAUAACAGUGAUGAUCUACUCUUACGUGCAAAUUCUAAAGGUUGCUCGGAAACAAGCAAAUCAGAUUGGAUGUGUUGAGAACCAUUUCAAUUCUAGCAUGAUGACUGGAACUAAUGAAACCAUUGGAACAUCCCAGAAUGGAACCAUUUCUUUUGGGAACAAUGACAGCAAGCACUUUGUGUCUCGCAGUUUGAAAUCCCUGAAAAUUGUAUCAAUUAUCAUUGGUGAGUAA